CAUCCCCACCCCCAGCGGCGCCUAGUUUGUGGGGGAUGCAAGGGCGACAGCGCCCCGGGAGGUCCGGCAAGUUGACCUGAGCCACCCGCAGCGCCGGAAGCAGAGGGCCCGGCAGGGCGCUGGCAGUGGGGCGACCAGGCGCGGGAGAUGGAGAGGUGAAGGGGCGGGGACGGCGGUCGCCGGGAAGCUGGCUGCUGGCCAGGCGGCCGGAGCUAGAGAUUUCUAGGAUGGCAGAGGUCCCUGAGCGCCGCACUCUCGCUUCUGCGUCCCGCGUGAGCAGUGCGGUGGGUCCUUCCCAGCCGCCCCCGCUCCUUUCGGCGGGUUACCUUCUCCAGUUCUGUCUUCCUCGUGCUUUCCCGGAGGUGUGGAGUGUUGCGUUGAUUUUAAGCCCUUUUUGAUGUCUUCUGAGGAGAGGGAAUGGUCACUUGUACCGGUGCCCACUUGGGUUUAAUGAGAGGACUCCUACAAGGAUUAAAACAAGGUGAGCCAACCAUGACGGGCAAAACACAGACCAGCAACGUGACCAAUAAGAAUGACCCCAAGUCCAUCAACUCGAGGGUUUUCAUCGGCAAUUUAAAUACAGCCAUCGUCAAAAAAAUUGACAUUGAAGCUAUUUUUUCAAAGUACGGGAAAAUUGUUGGCUGCUCCGUUCACAAAGGGUAUGCUUUUGUCCAGUACAUGAGUGAGCGCCAUGCAAGAGCAGCAGUGGCUGGAGAAAAUGCCAGGGUCAUCGCUGGUCAGCCUCUUGAUAUUAACAUGGCAGGGGAACCCAAACCUUAUAGACCAAAGCCUGGAAACAAGAGGCCGCUGUCUGCUCUUUAUAGGCUUGAAUCAAAGGAGCCAUUCCUGUCUGUUGGUGGUUAUGUCUUUGACUAUGAUUACUACAGAGAUGAUUUCUACAAUCGGCUGUUUGAUUAUCAUGGGCGUGUGCCUCCACCUCCUCGAGCUGUCAUCCCCCUGAAGCGUCCCAGAGUGGCUGUCACCACCACACGUAGGGGAAAAGGUGUCUUUUCCAUGAAAGGGGGUUCCAGAUCUACUGUUGGUGGGUCAUCUUCAUCAGGCUCUAAAUUAAAAUCAGAUGAGUUACAGACAAUCAAGAAAGAAUUAACCCAGAUCAAAACUAAAAUUGACUCCUUGCUAGGGCGCCUGGAGAAGAUUGAGAAGCAGCAGAAAACAGAGGCCGAAGCUCAGAAGAAGCAAUUGGAAGCGAGUAUAGAGCUGACCCAAGACGAGUGUGUGUCAGAGAAUGCAGACCACUCCACAGAGGAGCCUGCUGAAGGAGGGCAUGAAGCGGAUGGAGGAGAAAUGACUGAUGGGGUAGAGGAGGACUUCGAUGAAGAUGGGGGUCACGAGCUGUUUCUACAGAUAAAGUGAUCUGAAGUUGUAUACAAUAUUGUAAAAGAAGAAAAAGAGGCUGUGACAUGCGGAGAAAUGUCAAAGGUGGUUUCAUUCUGAACAGCAGCACCUCCAAUUCAGUUUAUAUAAAGCCCCAGUCAUAUGGACCAUACUGUUCACUUUUAGACAUACCAUUUUUUAUGUGUUAAAAGCUGUAAAAUUGUCAUUUUAUGGUUUACAUUGUAAAUGUGUUUUCCCUCUUUUUAAUUAUGUUUUGUAAGUCUUAAAGUGUGAAGAACAUUAAUGAAUGGUGAGAGAGACACUGUAUACAAAUGUAUAUUUGUAAAAGCUAUUUUUAUGAUUAGCAUGUGUCAUUGUUGAUCACAUAGUCACAUAGUAUUGCAAUUCUACAUUUAAAGCUUGUUUCCAGCAAUGUCAUAUGGAGAAUAUACAUUGUAUGCUAGUUUCUAUAAUUUAUUUUCUAUUUAUAGUUUAAGGUACUUUAGACUAUGAGGAAAACUAUUUGGAAAAGCUAUAUUUCUGCCCUUUAUAAGCACCAUUUUAUUAAUAAAAGAAUGCCCUUAUUUCAGAAGUGAUGCAACCAUUUAAGGACAUUGGUUUGACCUGUGAGCAUGCUUGGCACUAGUGAGCUGAAAUGAUCCAAUAAUCACCUCUUACUUGAGACUGACUGUGAAAUUCUGCAGACAGUUUUCAGUAUUUGAAAAGAUGAGAAGUAGACUAAUAAGAAAAAGACUGUCUUGUCCUGGGAUCCCAAAAUUUCAGUUAGUGCACACACCCAUCAUCUCAUUCCCUAGUCUUCAGAAUCCUCUAUUCCCAAGCAUUGUAUUUUCCAAAAUCUCUUGGCUAUUGUCUUGUGCAGUGGAAAAGGGAGAGACCAUCCCUACAGGAUUUAUGCACAUUCAGCACAUAAUUUCUUAAUAAAUACUGGUUCUUUUAAA